CGUAUGCGGAAGUAGCUGCCAAAACAAGCGAUCCAUUCCUCAGAACAUUGAAGCAAUGUCUAUUUUUCCGAGGAUUUCACUGAAGCCUGAAGUCGCAGAUUAUCUCCGGAGUGUCUUCCUAAACAAGGAGGUGUUAGCUGCAGUCGGCCAUCAGGAGGCAGAAUGCCGUUUCCAGAAGCUGCUCACGUGUCUGUCUCACCCGCCCUCGUACACUUGUGUUCGGGCCAGCACUCAUCUCGCUCCCCUGGAAGAGAUCCGACACAAGUUAGGAGAAGAGCUGAAAAAGCAGAUGUGCAGCUCAUCAGCAGAGGAAGCCUCCGUUCAGAUUCUUCCUCACCCGCAAAUUCCAGAUGUGCUGCUCCUUCCCGUCGAUGGCCCGAGACCCGUGGAGCAGCUCAGCUCAGAGGUGGUGGUCGGUGCUCAGUGCGGCAGCGCCGUACUGAGAGGUGCUCAUGUCUUCGUCCCGGGGAUCGUCGCCAGUCCCAAGUACAUGAAGGCAGGCGAUGUGGUGUCCGUCCUAUCUGACUUGGACGGUCGGUGCACCCGAGGAGCCACAAGCUUCCAGGGAAACCGAGUGUUUGUGGGAAACGGAGUCGCUCAGAUAGACCGCUCCGGCAUCUUCUGCACAGAUGAACCUGCCAAAGGAAUAGGUGUUCGGAUGGUGGAGCCACUUUACCAGAGUCCUUCCUUCGAUGGUAUUCUACCCAACAUGGCAUUCCUGCAGAACCUCCCCUCUGUAGUUGUGGGACACGUUCUCGGGCCUCGUCCUGGAGAACGGAUCCUGGACAUGUGUGCUGCACCUGGAGGGAAGACCUGCCACAUCGCUGCACUCAUGAGGGAUCAGGGCGAGGUCGUGGCUCUGGACAGGGUCCGAAAUAAGAUCGAUCGAAUCCGUCAAAACGCCCAAAUGUUGCAUUUACGUUCAAUCAAAGCUUAUUGCUUUAACAGCACUCGAGCUGUGAGCAGCGACCCGACACAGGGAGCUGAAGGACCUCCCUUCCCUCCUGAAAGCUUUGACCGGGUUCUUCUGGACGCCCCGUGUAGUGGACUCGGACAGAGACCCAGCAUGUCCUGCACCUGGAGCCUCAAGGAGAUCUGUUCCUACCAGCCACUGCAGCGCAAGUUAUUCCACGCUGCAGUGCGGCUGUUGAAGAAAGGCGGGGUUCUUGUGUACAGCACCUGCACAGUAACUCUAGCAGAGAACGAGGAGCAGAUAGCCUGGGCGCUCGAGACCUUCCCCUGCCUCACCCUUCAGCCUCAGGAGCCUCACAUCGGCGCGGAGGGCAUGCUGGGAGCCGGCCUGUCACCUGAGCAGCUGCGCCUCCUCCAGAGGUUCAGUCCUGAGCUGAGCUGGGACCAGACAGGAACGGCAGCCCCCCUCCCCUGCAGAGCCGACGGGGACACCAUCGGCUUUUUUAUCGCCAAGUUCCUAAAAGACUGACCGGAGGGCAUGUUUUCUUUUCUUACGGCACCGUCAGCUCUCACACGAGACUGCAGACGGGAACAAUAGUGUUUAUGUUACGACGCUGUGUGU